AUGCCAACAGAUGUAAUUAAUAAGCCUGAUGAACUUUUUGAAAUCUUUGUAAAUGCUCAAACAUUCAAAACAAUACUUCAUUCAUUUGAUGAUUUAUGUCGAGUACUUCGUAUUGAUAGAAAAUUAAUUGGUUAUGGCAAACGUUCAUUGUAUAAGAUCUUAACAAGUAAAUUAACAUCAUGGAAAUCGAAAAGUCUUUGGGCAAAAAUUGAUAAGCGUGGUUUACAAAAAGAAUAUGAGAAUGGAUACGCUUGUGCUGACACGAAGGUAUGCAUUGUGGGCGCUGGUCCCGUUGGUCUUCGAUUAGCCAUUGAAUGUGCAUUACUUGGCGCACGAUGUGUCGUUGUUGAAAAACGAGACAGAUUUUCUCGUCAUAAUGUUCUACAUCUAUGGCCUUAUGUUAUUACAGAUUUAAAAAAUUUAGGUGCCAAGGUUUUCUAUGGUAAAUUUGCUACGGGGCAAAUUGAGCAUAUAAGCAUUCGACAAUUACAAUGUAUUCUAUUAAAAAUUGCUCUUCUACUUGGUGUUGAAAUCUAUCAAAAUGUUACAUUUAUUGAUACUAUUGAACCAACAUUAACUCAACCAAAUUGGCGAGCUCAUUUUGAACCUGUAUCUCAUCCGGUGGUGUCAACGUAUGAUUUUAAUGUUUUAAUUGGUGCUGAUGGUCGUCGAAAUUCAUUACAUGGUUUUCAACAUAAAGAAUUUCGUGGAAAAUUAGCUAUUGGCAUAACAUGUAAUUAUGUAAAUCAUCACACUCGUGAAGAACAAAAUUUUGAAGAAAUUAGUGGUGUAGCAAAAAUCUAUAACCCACAAUUUUUCAAUGAACUUCAACAACAAACAUCAAUUGAUCUUGAAAAUAUUGUUUAUUACAAAAAUGAAACACAUUAUUUUGUUAUGACAGCUAAAAAACAAUCAUUACUUGAUAAAGGUGUUAUUCUUCAAGAUUAUCCGGAUGCUGCAAGAUUAUUAGCACGAGAUAAUGUUAAAUUUUCACAAUUAUGUAAUUUUGCUUGUGAAGCUGCACAAUUUGCAACGAAAUCUACUUCACAAUUUAAAUUUGAAUUUGCUGAAAAUCAUUAUGGUACAGCCGAUGUACAAAUGUUUGAUUUUACAUCAUUAUUUCAUGCUGUUAAUGCUUCACGUAUUGUUGAACGUAAUGGUAAACAAAUAUUGAUGGGUCUUGUUGGUGAUAGUUUACUUGAGAGUUUUUGGCCAACUGGCUCUGGUGCUGGUUUAGGAUUUUUUGGGUUAUUUGAUACAGCUUGGGCAAUACUUAAAUUUGCUAAACAUGAACAUCCACUUAAAGUUCUUGUUGAACGUGAAAGUGUAUAUAUGUUAUUAUCACAAAGUACACCAGAAAAUACAAAAAAUAAUUAUCAAUUAUAUUCAAUAAAUCCUGCAACACGAUAUCAAAGUUUAAAUUCCAAAAUGUGUACAAUUGAAGAAAUACGUCAUUUAUAUGAUUCGGAUAGUAUACCAACAAUUGAUAUGAAUAAUAAUCAUAUAAUAUCAACAAAAACGAAUCGAACACCUGUACGACGUACACAAAGUUUUAAACAAAUUCCUUCAACAUUACCAUCAAAUGGAAAUAAUACUGAAAAAGAAACUUUGCUUGUUGAUUGGUGUGAAGAAAUUGUUGAUACAUAUGCAAUAGAAAUAAAGAAGGAUUCAAAAGCAUUCCAAAACAGUCUUGCUUUUUGUGCUAUUAUACAUCAUUAUCGACCGGAUUUAAUUGAUUUCAAAUCUCUACAACCCGAUCGACCAAUUAGUAAUUUUCAAAUUUUAUUUGAUAUAAUGCAUGAUCAAUUAUCAUUACCAAUCGAUCGAAAAUUACAAAAUAGCCUUAUUCUAUCGAUGAAAAGUUCAAUUGAAGAACGUAUACGACAAUCAUCUAUUGUUAUUCUUCAAUUAUUAUAUACACAUUUUCAUCAUGAUCAUCAAGAACAACAAUUACAACGACGUCGAUCAAGUACAGCAUUACUUGAUGUUUCAUCUCCAAUAUUACAAGCGAUACAAAAACCAAUAGAUGAGACAAACAACAAUAAUAAUAAUAUGACUACAAACAUUAAUAUCAAUAAUAAUAAUGGCGGUUCGACAAUUAAAGUCAGUGCACUUGUUGCUCAUUAUUCAAGCAGUGAAAUAUCAUCAUCAUCAUCGUCAUCAUCAGUAAAUAGUCAUAAUUUAAUUGGUUUACAAUCUGAACGUGCUCCAACAUUUUGUUUCUAUUGUAAAGAAAAAGUAUCCAUACAAGAUUGGUUUGUUGUGGAAAAAAAUGUUUUACAUGUUAAAUGUUUUAAAUGUGAUACAUGUCAUUUACAAUUACGAAAAACGAAUUAUCAAGUAUUUAUUGAACCAAUUACAGGCAAAAUGACAUUUCAUUGUCGAUAUCACAAAUUAAAUAAGCCAGAAAAAGUAAAAGAAAAUGAAAAGAAAAAGAAAAGAGUUUGUUAA